AGGGAUUGGUCAUCACUCCACCAGUAAAAAUUGCGUGGCAUAUUGGCUGGGAAAACAUGGGAAAACUACCAGUAUACAUGUGAUUGACGUUGUAACGGAUUGGAGUUAUGCUCUCGUCUGAUUUCUUGUUCCCACGCUUUUUUGUGGUUCCCCUGGCCAAUCCUAGCAAUUUUUCACAUUGCAAAUGUUUUUCUAGUCGGAUAUAACUAUUAGCUAGCUAGCUACAUGUACGUACGUAGCUAGCCAUGCUCGAGCUCGAGCUUAACCUUCUGCAUUAGACGGCUGCUCGCGAGACAAGUUUUCUACAUAAUUAUAUAUAUAAUUAUAUAUACUCAAUGGCUGGCACUGUUGGCAAAGAAGCUCUCCUGCUGAAGGAUGCCCAGGGGGAGAAGAGUGGAUCCCUACUUACGGCAUUCAGGAAGAAGAAUGUAUCUGUCCUUAGAGGAUCUCUUCUUAUUGCCCUCCCACCUAAAGACACCACAUCCGGGGCUGAUGGUAAACCAGCUCACAACUACAGUGUGUACAAUGAAGACAUCACCUUGUACUGCUCUGAAUGUGACAUUGCCCCACUCACUAACUACGAGUUCAAGUUGCUCAGUGGAAUAUCAACGUUAGGAGCACGAUACGAUGCGUUCAUUAGUGACAAUCAUGAAUUGGGCUCAAAUUUGAGACUGGGUGACACUGUGUAUGUUGCAUUACCAACUAAAGAAGCCAUCGCUAACACCGGUUGUCAAGCUGUGGUGAGGUGGAUUGGAACUCUACCGGGAGAGACGGGGAUUAAGUUUGGAAUAGAAUUCACGGAGGAUAAGUAUCGAGGGUCAGGGUCCACCAAUGGCGUCUUCCACGAUCGUCAACUUUUCAUUUGCGAUGAGAACUGUGGGAUGUUUGUAUCCCUGGAGAGGCUCAACUUCCGUCCAACAAGAAGACCGACUGCUCAACCCACAAAAGCCACCCUACCUCACCAAGUGCUCUCUCGAUUGGGUCUGAAGACAGAUAGUGAAGGCAAAUCACAGAAUUCGCCAGGUGGCAGAGCAAAUACCUCUCAGGUAGGACUAGCAGCAAAUACUCACACUCAAGGACACACGAACAGUGGCUUUCGCUUUCACAAAGGAGACAGAGUGGUAACUCACAACAAGGAUCAAGUCCCCAUUCAUGGCACAGUGAGGUGGACUGGAAUAGCCAAUACUGAUGGUGGUAAAGUGAAUGCCGUCGGAAUUGAAACGGUACGUACCGUCGUCUGCUGUGAGACCCACUAUUAUUAUGUCCUUGAGAGAUAUUCCCAUCCAAAGAGGUGACUUUCUUAUUACUGUGACUGGAUUAAGUUCAAACUUUAGAUGUGAAAGCUCGAAACACGGCAAACUUGUUGUUCCCGAGGAACUGGUUCAAACAGAAAUGGAGGGAAAACAGAGGAGAGU